UGUACAGUUGAGCUGCACUGAACGUGAUUAUCUUGCAUAUUUUGGACGGGACACUAAUUCUGCAUAUCCGUGCGGAUUACAUACAUGCAUAAAGCCGUCCUGGAUUAUGUAAUAAUAAGGUUCGAAAUACCCGGUCUUCCCCUGAACGGAAAAGGUUGGUGCUUACAAUUUCGCGUCACCUAUUCCCUCCCGGCAUCCGGUGGCACAUUUUACACAGCUUGACAACGACCUCCUUCCAGAGCCAAGCAAGCUGCGAAAAUGGAUCUUCACGAGCUGCAAAGCCAGCUAGCGCUAUGGUUGGACGAGGCCUCGUAUAUCUUCCAGAAAGUACCUGGCUCCGCGGUCCUUAUCCGCUACGUGCGAUCCAGCUAUCAGAAUGACCCUGUCCGCUCGGCCAUCGAGUUGGUGCUUGUCAUCUUCUUCAUUCGAUACCUGCUCUCGCCGUCGUACUCCACCUCGAAACAAAACUUCAUCAAACUGCGCGAAGAUGAAAUCGACGAACUGGUCGACGAGUGGGUUCCCGAGCCCUUGGUCGCGCCCCAGACGGCGAUGGAGGAGCUAGAGGCCGAGAGACUGCCUGUUAUCGCCGGACCAACCGGACCCAAGACGAAACUAGUGAACGGCAGAACCGUCACAAACCUUGCGUCGUACAAUUUCUACAACUUCAACGCGAACGACGAGAUCAAGAAAAAGGCUAUCCAAACCCUGCGGACUUACGGCGUCGGGCCCUGCGGGCCGCCGCAGUUCUACGGCACACAAGACGUCCACAUGAAGACCGAGGCAGACAUCGCAUCGUACCUUGGGACUGAGGCCUGCAUCGUCUACGCGCAGGCAUUCUCCACCAUCUCGAGCGUCAUCCCGGCCUUCUGCAAGAGAGGCGACAUCAUCGUGGCAGACAAGGCCGUCAACUACUCGAUCCGCAAGGGGCUGGAGGGGUCGCGCAGCAACAUCAAGUGGUAUGAUCAUGGCGAUAUGGAGGACCUAGAGCGCAUAAUGCAGAGGGUGGUCCGUGAGCAGGGCAGGAAGAAGCUGACCCGGAGGUUCAUCGUGACCGAGGCUCUGUUCGAGACGACCGGCGACUCCAUCGAUCUUCCGAAGCUGAUCGAACUCAAGGAGAAAUACAAGUUCCGGAUGAUGCUGGAUGAGACGUGGUCCUUUGGCGUGCUCGGGCGGACCGGUCGUGGUCUUACCGAGGCUCAGAACGUCGAUGCGUCGCAGGUUGAUAUGAUUAUCGGCUCACUGGCCGGCCCGCUGUGUGCUGGAGGCGGGUUCUGUGCCGGCGCUACUGACGUGGUCGAGCACCAGCGCCUCAUGGCUGCCUCGUACACCUUCUCCGCCGCUCUGCCAGCUAUGAUGGCCGUCGUCGCCAGCGAGACGCUGAAUCUUCUGCAAUCGAACCCCGAGAUGUUGCUCCAGUGCCGCGAGAACAUCAAGUCGAUGAAGGCGCAGCUGGAUCCGCGAAGCGAUUGGGUCAUGUGCACAAGCGCGCCUGAGAAUCCCAUCAUAAUCUUGGUCCUGAAGCCCGAAAUUGUGAGGAGUCGGAGGCUCAGCAUCGAGGACCAGGAACGACUGUUGCAGGAGUCCGUGGACGAGGCCCUCGCAAACGGUGUCAUGAUCACCCGUCUAAAGCGGUCGCCGAUCGCAGAGAGCAUUGGUCCGAAAGACGGCUCGUGGGUGAUCCAGCCGGCAUUGAAAGUCUGCGUCACAUCCGGCUUGUCCAAGAAGGACAUCGAAAAGGCCGGCGUGACCAUCCGCCAUGCCAUCACCAAGGUGAUAACGCGAAAGGCAAACAGCAAGAAACUAACAUUGCCGCCCGUGGCGUGAAAGCGAACCACUUGGCGAUUAUAGCUGCCUUGGCAGCUGGUUUUGGACUUGAAGGUGUGGUGUUUUCCGCACCUGGCGUUGACGAAGGGCCUUAGAAAAUGGCACGGUGGUUCCCUGUACCAGUAUAGAUAAGACUUCCAGCAUUUUGGUGUGGGAUCAGGGCUUUAUACAUAGCCAUCUAUGUCGAUAACACAGUUAAUGCUUAAUACUUUUUUAAAUAAUCCGACUGAGUGGCUUGUCACUCGAUGGAGGGUGGAGGAGCGAGAAGCUGUCGCUGGCACCACCACUGGUGCAACUCUGUAUCACUUGCAUAUAUUUCUGAUGUCUCUGUAUACGUCAGCCAUUGCUUCAAUACUAGCGAGGCUUUUCGUUUUGUAGGAUAGACAAGGCGACGCUGUUCUGCAUACUCGCUCUGUCCAGGAUUAUCACUAUCUAGACCCGGGGUCUACUGUCCGUUCUCCGCCAUUUCUUGUGAUUAGCUUGACC